AGCGGGUGUUCGGGUUUGGACUGACGAGGAGAUGGCACAGGAGUUAGGAGCAUGGAAUACAUCCCUGUCAUAGCAUCCAGUCUCUUGGCAUUUGUCCUUUAUAUCAACACCUUACAUGCUGACCUUCGCUUAUGACGACAGUCGUGCCAUCCAAACAAACCCAGACCUGAAGUCUGACAGUCCACUCAUCAACAUAUUUUACGAUGAUUUCUGGGGAACACCUCUGACACACAGCGGAUCGCAUAAGUCUUACCGGCCACUAUGCGUGCUGACAUUCCGUCUGAACCACUACCUUGGAGGGCUCAACCCCUGGGGCUACCAUUUGGGCAACAUCCUCCUCCAUGUGCUCACCACCGCUGUCUUCACCAUCUUAGCAUGGCAGUUUUGCCGUCGGACAUUCCCUGUGACAGUGGCGGGAUUGGUGUUCGCGUCCCACCCGAUCCACACUGAGGCUGUGGCCGGCAUCGUGGGUAGGGCCGAUAUCGGGGCCUGUCUUUUAUUCCAGUUAGCGUUUCUGUGUUAUGUUAAGUAUGUGAGGGUUCGGGACAGUGAUGUCGUGGGACUGGUGCAGAUGGAUGAGGGGAAGAGCUCUCACCCCGACUCCAGAAGAUACCUGUAUUUCCUGGGUUGUGCCUUUUUUACUACAGCCAGUAUGUUAACUAAGGAGCAGGGUGUGACAGUACUAGGUGUCUGUGCCACCUAUGAACUCUUUCUCCAUCAUAGAUUCACCCUUCAGGAGAUAUUCUCAAUAUUCUUUCAGAAGAAAUUCCGCAGGGCGCUAGAGGGCUUAUUGUUAUUGUGUCUAUGCGGGAUUUCCUUGGUUACAUUUCGGGUGUACUUUAUGGGCAACAAGCCUCCAGAGUUUGCUCCCUCGGACAAUCCAGCUGCAGAUUCCAAAAGCUUCCUCACCCGAGUUUUAACUUUUAACCUUCUGCCAGCAUACAAUUUCUGGAUGUUCCUGUGCCCCAGGGUGUUAAGUUUUGAUUGGUCAAUGGAAGCUGUGCCAUUGGUAGAAUCUCUAGCUGACCCAAGACUUCUAUUUGUAAUUAUAUUUUAUGGUAGCCUAGGCUUCGUUGGUCUGAGUGUUCUAAAGGAAAUUCCAUCCGCGUCUAGAACUUUUAAAGUCCAUGCCAAUGGGAAUGGAUGUGCCAUUGGUUCAAACUCCAACUCAAACUUUGUUCAAAAGUCUGUGUCCAAUUCCGGAAAGAAGAAACCAAGUCGGAAACUUUCCACAAGCUCAACAGAUAGUAACGAGGAUACAGUGGUUAAAAAAUCCCAGAAAACAUCUCUAGAUGUUUUAAUACUUUCUUUGGCUUUAAUUAUUUUCCCUUUCAUUCCUGCCACAAAUUUGUUUUUCUACGUGGGGUUUGUGAUAGCUGAGCGAGUCCUGUACAUCCCCAGCAUGGGAUUCUGUCUUCUCAUUGGUCAAGGAGCGUAUGUUUUGUAUCAGAAAUUCUCCAGGGACAAGGGAAAGAGGAAGAUCGUGUGUAUUUGCCUGUGUGUGCUAUUGGGUAGUUACAGUAUCAGGACUGUGGUGAGAAACCAAGACUGGCAGACAGAAGAAAAGCUGUAUGAAUCUGGAUUAAGGGUUAAUCCUGCCAAAGGAUGGGGUAACCUGGCCAACAUCUACUACGGCCAAGGACGCUCCAGUGAAGCUGAAGCUGCCUACAGAAAUGCUCUCAAGUACCGUGGCAACAUGGCUGAUGUCCACUACAAUUUGGGUAUUUUAUUGCAAGACCAGAAAAGGUAUGCAGAAGCAAUUGAGUCCUAUAAAAUGGCCAUUAGCUGCAGACCCAGGCUAACAAUGGCUCACCUAAACUUAGGCAUUAUAUUGGGAUUGCAGGGCAAAGUUGAAGAGGCUGUCAAGGUUUACCAGCACUGUUAUCAGAUAGAUACAUCUGGAUUGAAAGACCCGAGGCUUCAUGAAAACACCAAGAUCUCAGCCCUGUACAAUCUGGGCAAGCUGUUGGUGGACCAUAACAGAAUACAUGAAGGCAUAAAGGCCUACAGGGAAGCAAUCAGACGUCGACCCAGCUACUAUCCCCCUCAGAGUAUAUACAACAUGCUGGGUGAAGCGUACCUGAAGUUGAACCAGUACGAGGAGGCAGAACACUGGUACAGAGAAGCUCUGAAGACUAAGCCUGACCAUGUACCGGCUCAUCUCACAAUGGCUAACCUAAAACAUAAACAGGGUUUGUCAAAAGAGGCUGAAGUAUGGUACAGAAAAGCUAUGGAGUUAGAUCCUCAGGACACGGCUGUCAGACAGCACUAUGCUCAAUACCUGGCUGACAGUGGGAAGGUGACAGAGGCCAUAGAGGCCUACAGGAAACUGGUAGACGAAAGACCAGAGGAUUUUGAGCUGCUUUUCAACACUGCAAAUGUUUUCAGGCAGGCAACCCGGAACAGUGAAGCAGAAGACAUGUACAGGAAGGCCACCUUCGCUGAUCCAAACAUGGCCACAGGUCAUAUGAACCUAGGGGCAAUGUUACACUUCAAUGGGAAGCUGGCUGAAGCAGAGCAAAGCUACUUGGCUGCACUGAAGUUGAAGCCAGAUGACGAGAUGACCAAGCAAAAUCUAGUGCGACUUCGCAAUCUCAUGACCUCCAAAGGAAAGAGCUAGGGUCAGGGGUCAUGACUUAGAACCAAAUCAAGCCAUAGUGAAAGUAGAUAUAUGCAUUGGUUUUAAGUUGGCUUUUGCAGCUUAGAUUUUUAAGUUUUGUUUUGCAACGUGAGCCAUAAGCUUCUUUGUCUGGAUCUUUUAAACAAUUUUUUCCCCAAAUAUUUUAUUACCAUCAAUCUUUCAGACUCAUUGUCAUAUUGCUUAUUUUUAUUGUUUGCUUUACUUAAAACACAGACAUUGUUAGACAGUCGCCCAAAGGCUUUUCUUACUUAAACUUAUGUUGUUGCUUUUUUUUUAAUUGUGGCAUUUUGGAGGAGAAAAAUUUUUAGUACGUUAAUAUAUUCGUGUAAUUUUAGAGUUCAAAUCCUUUGUUCCCCAGUAUAUAAAAAGGAUUGGAAUAAUUUCAUAACACAUUACAUUCAAGUACAUUCGUGAUCUCACUAACAACACAUUCUCCCCAUACAUAGUAAGUAUGAGGACUGUUGUAUGAUAUCCAAAUGGAUUAUGGUCAAGACACCAUUGUCAGAGAAAUACUCGCGAGUCAGAUGUGUGAGAGUUGAUGAAUGAUAUUCAUUAAUGAUAUACGAGUACUAAUUUGUUCAUAAUUCAAAAUGGAUAAAGAGUUGGGAUGUGUUGCAAGAAACCAGUGCGGAAUGGUGGUUUUUAUUUCCAGUUCAUGCUAGACUCUUUGACCAUAUUGUAAUUUUAAUUAUUCAAAUCAAAUUUUAUUUGUUCAUGCUUUAUUGUGAGUUGCGUCUAUCAUUUUAUACCUUUCAUUCAUGCCAUGUUCACAUGUAUUUUUAUCAUUUAUAAAGAGUUUCUUGUAUAUAUUUUGUGUAGAUAUUGUUCAUUGAUAAUGUUACCAUUCAGUGGGUAUAUUCGUUAAAGAGUUCUAUUGUAUAUGAGCAAUAAUAUGUUUAUGAAAUGUCUGAGUCACACAAAUGUCAAGAUAUGGGCAAAACAUAUCAUUGAUUAUUUAUGACACCUCAUUAUAAAUAUUUCAUUUUCAUUUGUAUUGAAAUAAGUUAUUUAUGUGUUCCUUAUACAUGGCAUAUUCAUUGCUAUCAAAGAUUCAUCCUAACCAUAUCAGCAUAAUAUGUGUAUGUUAUCGACGUCUUACUUUCAUGGGGCUAUUAAUUAACUUGUUAGCAAACAAAGCUUUAAUGGUAUCCCUGUCUUAAUACAUACAUGUGUUGCGUUACAUCUUAGUAAUUUAAUUAUAUUUAAAAUUAGAAGUAAGCUUCUUUCUUUCUUUCUUGGCCUAGAAAGACUAAGUACUUGGAUUCUCAUCUUAGUUAGUUGGGUGAUAUGGCUUGAGCAAUCUUGCACCGUUCUCUACAUUUAAUAUUAGCCACCUUCAGAUUGACCCAUAUGGCAUGAUUUCAUUAUGACUAGGUUACACAGAACUGUCACAUUCUGGAGGUAAUAUUAUGGUAACAGCCGUCAGGAAAGGGGGCUACCUGUUACCCUCCCAGAUUUAUUUAUUUUGACUGUCACUGCCCUAGAAAAUUUUAUGGGUAUAUUUUGUACCAAAUGAGCACAGUGCUCGACACCUUUUCUGUAGGUAUGGUGGGUGGGCCAUUAGCUACAUGUAUGUCAGAUGUGUAAUGGCAAUUCAGUUAUUGUGUUAAGUUAAUGAACACUGCAUUCUGUUCACUCGCAUCACACAGGCUGAACUGUGUUGAUUUAUUACUAUAUGACAUAAUAUACACCAAAUCAAAUUAAAU